AUGGCAGGGCUGUGUGGGCAUGUGCGAAUUCCAGCCCCAGGGCCCAGCCCGGUCUCAGCCCAAAGUGAGCUCGGAGUACCGGCCGUAGGCAAGCGUGUAGAAGGUUCUCAUCGCUUUGUCAUCCUUUGCAAACCACAGACAGCGCUCUCUUCUGCUUGGUGCAUUCUGCUGGUGAGCUGCAUCUGCAUUCAGCCUCGCCCCGUCGAAGCACUUGUUCUUGAGCGGCGUCCUCGUCUCGGAAGCUCAGGUUUUUCAAGAUCCCCCGAAGUCCCGCAAAUCGCUCCUGAGACCCCUGUGCUGUGGCCUGGACAGCAUAAAUCCCUAGUCGUUGUAGUUUUGCUGCAUCAGCCCUUGCCGUGUUGCCGCAUGGCAGCAGCAGAUGAUGACUUGGUGGCCUUGAACGACCGGCUGGAAGAAAGCAAAGAGGCCCGUGGACUGCGUGGAGGUUUAGGCCGUGUCAAAGGUGCACAGCAGACUCCCUGGGGACAGGGCUUCUUUCUUUCAGCAAAGACCAAAUGGGAGCCCGCCGGAAGCGAUCCAUUGUACAAGCGAUUUACCCGCGGCCCAGUCUUGGGAGAAGCCAAGGCCGACGCUGACAUUUGGCGCAGGCACGCAGAGGUAGCACUGACAGAAGCAGGUGGUGAGAUGACUUGGCAGGAGCUUCGGGAUGAGGUCGUGGCUCGAAGACGCAAGGACUUCGCCCAAGGAGACCAAGUCAUGGAAUUCAAGUACGGCGCCGCCCGCGGCAAAGCAGGAGACCAGGUUGACACGUCGCUGUGGCCAUUCAUGGCACUGGCUUAUCUGCCCGAGAAGUUCCUCAGCGAAGAGGUAGAGCAAAUGUCGCCGGUUCAAGAUCGAUACGCUAGAAGGCUGAAGCUCCAUGUGAAGCUGCAGGCUCCCGGCCCCGGAGAGCGGUUUGCAGUCCUCGGAUCCCACGAGGCAUUUGGAUACUGGAAUCUCAGCUCUGGGGUGCAGCUGGAAUGGAGAGGUAGUGCCUGGGAGACCCCGGCUCCAAUUCCAAUCUCCCCUUGCGAGCGCGUGGAAUUUAAAUUUGUCCGCGUUCGGCCUGGUGGAUUGGACUGGGAGAGUGGCCCUAAUAGGGUCACGGAGUUCCCAAAUUACAAGGGUGAUUUGUGUCUCCAGGGGAUUUUCAACGGCGAAAGCAUACUUCAACCGAGCGACGUGGACGAUGCUGAGGGUAUCUCAACGCCAGAUACCAUGCCAUCGGCACGGGUGGAAGAUGACGCAGACUUGUGGCAGAUGCGAUACCAGGAGGCUGUCAAACAGCUCACUGCUCUGCAGCGCAAUGUGGCAAACCGGCAGCAAGAGCAGGAGAAGCACCGACGAGAUCAUGCAGAGGUCAAGCGUGAUCUUCUGAGGAAGAUCAAGGAUGCUCAUCGUGAGGCCGCCAGUCUGUCCAGGCAGCCACCAGAGGAUGCUUCAUCCCCAGAAAGCGUCCAGUCCGCUGGAGCGGAAGAAGACGCGGAUCUGUGGAAGCGCCGGUUCGAGGCCUCCGUGACGUCACUGACGGACCGUCAACGAGAAGUGGCAGUCCAUCGUCAGGAGCUUGAGAGACGCCGGGCCGAACAUACGGAGGUCACUGACAGUCUGUGGAGGCAGAUUAAGGACGCACAACAGGAGGCGCGGGGACUGUCUGGACUUUCGCAUGAGGAGGUGUCUGCGCGGCUGGAGGAAAGCGCUCAGCUUCAGCGGCUGGAGGCGCCAGACAUUGCUACAAUUCCGUCGCCCUCCUUCGCGUCCUCCGUGCAGUCAACACCCUCCAGGGCACAUGGAAAGGCGACACCUCAAAGGAGAGCCGGCCUCCACUUUUCGAGUCCCCGUCUCGAGACAGGGCGCGAACCUCCGAAAGUCUUGCCUUCAGCGGUUCGAAGGGAGCAGCAGUCUGCACGCCGAGAUGGACGGGUUCCGGAAGUUUUCCCAGCAGGCGUGCCGCCUGUUGGCCAUCACUCCUCUGCACUGGAGACAUGGCGCCGAAACGGUCCUCGAUCUUCCAAGUCGGAGACGGCGCUUGCAGCGCUGCGAGCUGCCAAAGGAGCAUCCCCUGUUUCGCCGCACAGUGGGGAAGAGGAAGAUUCUCAGCGCCAGAACCAGAUCGAGAAAGAGGCGUCCUCAUCAAGCAUGGGUUCUGGCCAGCGGUAUGAGCGCGUCACAAGGCCUGGCGCUGGCAACCCGGAGGAGACAAAGGAGGCAGAGCCCUCAGAGUCUCGAGCAGAAAGUGACCAAAGCGCCGUGGUGGUCUCCAAAGAGGUGGCUGCAGCCUUUGCUUCCGCCAAAGCCCGACUGGCCAGGCUAAAGCCGGUAAAGGAGGCUGGAACCAGCGAUGACUGA